AGCUAAAUGAAAACCUUUGAUAAUACAAUUAAACCUACCUAAAAACCAGUUUGUUUCUCAGUCUAAGAAUUACUUUAAAGAUACAAAUCAACAAGCAAAGAAUCUACAUCUACUUAAGAAUGUCAAGAAUUAUUCUAGACUAUUUAAACAGACACAAAUAUUUCUUUAGAAGCUCCUGAUAGUAAAAUUAUUUAACAAACCUAUGUACCUGAUUCAAUUAAGAUGACUUCAAGAUAACAUGAAAUAGAAGAAUAACCUAUUUUAUAAGACAAUGAUGUUAUUUUACAAAUUAAUCAUAUGCAUUCCAUUUUCAAAUACUUAUAAUAAGAAGAUUAAUCCUAAAAAUUAUCUACUAAAACUAAUAGUUAACACAGUGUUACUUCCAAAUAAACCUAAGAAUCUUUAAAUAAUUAAAUUAAUAAAAAUCAGGUUCACAAAGCUAAUCAACCUAGUCAAAAUUAAAAUUAUCCAUUGAAAAAAAAAGAAGUGUCGCCCUAAAGAAGUAAUUCUCCAUAUAGAUAAUUUCUAUAAAGACCAUAAUACAAUUAACAAAAUAAUUAAUAAAGAAGUAAAUCACCUUUUAUUAAAAAUACUAUGGUUCAAAAACUUACACCAAAAACUAAUAAAAGAACUACACCAUCUGCAUCUCCAUUCAGAUAAGCCAAAGAAAAUAAUUUAUCAACAAUAAAUUAGAGAACUUAAAGGACUGAGAGAUCUUAAAAUAAAUUAAUUUAAAUUAAAGUCAAGGAAACUCAUAAUUAAAAUUAAUCUCAUGUGAUAGUUGAUUUAAGUAAAUGCCCUACUCAAAGAGUACUUAUCAAAUAAGGUAUCUUAUUAAUUAAUACUUUUAGAUACUAAUCGACCUAAAAUGAAAGUUGAGUUAAGUCUUAAAAGCUUAAUUUCAAAUGGAGUAUGA